AUGUUACCUAGGCUAAUGUCCCGACGGUUGCUCGGUGGAGAUAUGAUUGAAAUUACCCUUCCGAGAAAUGUGAAAUGGGAGGAGGGCGACGCCCGGUUCCCCGUGGAAGCCACAUUCUUUGAAACCGCAGCCCGCAGCCCUAUCUUUAGAUACGGCAAAUGGGAUUCGAUUUUUUCCACGACGAGAAUAAUAACGUGGUGA